GCUUCUAUUUUGGGCUAUUUCAGGAGAAUAAUUUAUACAGAAGCUUGAUACGAUUGCGAUGUCGCUGAAGAGAGGUUGUGAGUGGACACUGAAUACAAGCAUAUUCCCCGAUAUAUGAAUAGACUGUAUCCUAGGAGGUUACCUACCUACAAUGUACUGUAGGUGAAGUCUUGGCCCCCUUCAACUUUGAUAGAGCCAGCCCAUGGCAUUCAUCAACCACUCGAGCUUUUCUCUAGACGGCGCAGCUCUCAAAGCCAUAAAAAAACCAAGUCGAAUCGCCACAUCACAUCACAUCACAUCGCAACACCAAUAAGAUGGGGACAACAGGAGACCAAAAGACAGCAAUGGACUUCACCUCUUACUACCUGCAGCAGUCGACCAAAGAAUUUGCCGAAGACCUGGACAAGAUUCGCAACGCUGACGAUUUCAAGGGCGAUGCGCUACCCAUGCUGAUCAGGUCGUUGCAGCAGGGCACUUCUAUGUUCUCAGCAGCAGACCAGAAGAGGAUUGUGAAAGCCAAGCAGACUGGUCCAGUCAGCGAAGGGACCGAUGGCGAGAAGGAAUCCGCGUGAGCGAUGAUAAAAGUGCGGUUUGCGAGACUUCGAGAAGCUGUGCCGAUGGUAUUGGGAUUUGAUUGAGCCGCGUGGUGUGCGGAUGAAGCACCAUUGCCAUAACAAGGCGAAUACAUCUGUUUUCAGACGCUAUGCUUGUAUGUAUUCACACCCUCCGUACAUUUUUUUCGUGACUAGCGAUUGACUAGAGUAGUACGCAGGCUCUUCUCUUGCUACUGGACACGCAAGGACGUCUGAGAUGAUCGAUGUUGAAUGGACGGGCUAGGCGGAGAUUACUUUCCCACUUGUUGCUUGUCUACCCCGUAUUAGUUCGUAUAUACAUAGCAUGCCACGCUCCAUUCAGUUUAGGUGGGUUUAGGAUACAAAUGAAAACGUGCACGCAUCUUCUAUCGUAGUGAGCCGGGUUCUUACGAUAAAGUUGUCUAGCUCUUAGGCUACAUAGCCCAGAGGAAUUGAAUACCAGAAUCUGCCAGAGGUCGUGACCAUCAUAGGCGAUGACACAUGCUAUUCAGAAAUAUAGUGGCAUGUAGCUCUAGACUAAACCGAUAAUCAAAAA